AUGGCAUCCUCUCAGCCACUGAAUAAAAAGAGUUUACUGAGCGUUCAGGAGCUUGCAAAAGAACCCAUGCUUGCCAUCCCACAUCGCUACGUUCAACCAUAUCAGGAAUCCACUGUUCUCUCUGAUUCCUUUUCCUUGCCCAUAGUUGACAUGAAAAACUUGAUCAUGGGGGAGUCCAAGGAGUUAGAAUUAGAAAAGUUAGACUCAAUCUGCAAAACCCUGGGCAUCUUUCAGGUGGUGAACCAUGGAGUUAACUCUUUGGUGGUGGAAAAGCUGAAAUAUGAGAUUCAAGAAUUUUACAAGCUACCUGUGGACGAUAAAUUGAAGUACAAGUUAAGACCAGGUGAUGUUGAAGGGUAUGGCCAAACCCCACUGCAAUCUGAAGAUCAUAAAGCUGAUUGGGGAGAUAGGUUUUACAUGAUAACCAAUCCCCUCCACAGAAGGAAACCAUAUCUUUUGCCGGAGCUCCCUCCCUCACUUAGGGAUACCAUGGAGUCUUACUUGUCAGAGCUUCAAAACCUAGCCAUGACUCUCUUUGGGUUGAUAGCAGAAGCACUAAAGAUUGAUACGAGAGAGAUAGAAGAGAUGUUUGUGGAUGGGAUGCAAUCAGUGAGGAUGACUUACUAUCCUCCAUGCCCACAACCAGAGCGAGUUGUGGGUCUCACUCCUCACUCAGAUGCUACUGGAAUCACCAUUCUUCUCCAAGUUAAUGGAGUGGAAGGCUUACAAGUUAAGAAGGGUGGAGUUUGGAUUCCUGUUAAGUUCCUCCCAGAUGCCUUUGUUGUGAAUGUGGGAGACAUUCUAGAGAUCUUUAGCAACGGAAUGUACAACAGUAUAGAGCACAGGGCUAUGGUAAACACAGUGAAAGAAAGGAUCUCAAUGGCCAUGUUUUUCAACCCUAAAUUUGAAGAAGAGGUUGGACCAGCAACCAGCAUCCUAAACCCACAAAACCCUCCAUUAUUCAAAAGGGUUAAAAUGGAAAACUAUUUCAAAGAGUUAAUCUCUCGUAAGCUCAAUGGAAAGUCAUUCCUGGAGCACAUGAAGCUGAAUAAUUCUGCAAGCCACACCAUUUGA